ACCACAACAUUCCUCCAAAGGGAGACACACAGUGAGACACAGAGAACAAGGAAGACAAAGAAGGCUAAAUCAGAAGCCAAGCCGAACAGAAAGCAAGCAGGAAAAGAACUAGAGAAAUACUAGAUGAAGGCAGAAGAGAAGUAGAGUUAUACAGUCAAGAGAAGGAAGACACGCAGAAAGUGAGACAGAGGGAUUAAGGUGGGGAAAAGGAAAGGGAGGUGAGGCAGAGAUUACCUCUCAAAGUGAGGAUGUUGGUCUGUCGGUUCUGGACAGUGAUUAGCCGGGCAUUAUUUGCUGAGUUCUUAGCCACAGGGCUCUAUGUAUUCUUUGGUGUGGGUUCUGCCUUGAGAUGGCCCUCAGCAAUGCCCUCUGUGCUACAAGUGGCUAUUACUUUCAAUCUGGCCACAGCCAUGGCCAUCCAAGUCACUUGGAAGGUGAGUGGGGCCCACGUCAACCCAGCUGUGACCCUGGCUUUCUUGGUGGGUUCCAAUAUUUCUCUGCCAAGAGCCAUUGCCUACAUAGUGGCGCAACUGGCUGGGGCCAUUGCAGGAGCUGGUCUGCUUUAUGGAGUCACCCCAGGAGACAUACGAGGAAGCCUCGGAGUAAACGUGGUCCGGGGCAGUGUUUCCUCAGGCCAGGCUGUUAUUGUGGAGUUGGUGCUGACCCUACAGCUGGUGCUCUGUGUCCUGGCUUCUACCGACAGCCGCCAGACCCCAGGCUCUCCUGCUGCCAUAAUUGGAAUCUCUGUGGCUUUGGGCCACUUAAUUGGGGUCUACUUCACUGGCUGUUCCAUGAACCCAGCUCGCUCCUUUGGUCCAGCUGUCAUCGUUGGCAAGUUCUCUGUCCAUUGGAUCUUCUGGGUAGGACCAUUGACAGGAGCUGUCCUGGCAUCUCUGAUCUACAACUUCAUCUUGUUUCCAGACACUAAGACUCUGGCUCAGAGGAUAGCCAUUUUAGUAGGCACCAUGGAAGCUGAGGAGAUGGUACCUCAAAAGAAUGACCCAGAGCCCAUUUCAGGGGGCACUGAAAUACCCAAUUUGGUAUAGAGUACUUAAGAUCCAUCCUGUGGUGGUGGGCAGAACAAGAGUAUGAAGUAUCAGUCAAGAUACUUGGGACUAGUGGCAGCAUGUCAAAUGCAGUGAUCAAAUGGCCAAAGAAAUCUGGAGCACCUUGGUCAGAGAGAGGGCUUAUGUCCUGCCCUGAUGUGGAAGUGGGUUUCAUGGGGGGUUGAGGGAAGAGAGGGAAAAGAGAAGAUAGGUUGUCUCCUAGAAAAUUCUAGCCAGAAUAAAAUCCCAGAGUGGAUCUGGAUAGCCUUUAUCGCUUAGUCACUGGGAGAAGUUAGGGAACUCGGCUUACCUCUAUCACCUGACCUAGAACAAAGUCCAGACUUCUGAAUUAAUUCAAUGUAGCAAAGUGUAUUAAGCCUUCACUGGUACAGAAUUUGUGUUAGUCAAUGGGGAAGUUAAAAAGGUCAACAAUACAGUUCCUAAUCUCAAAAAAGCUUAGUCUAGUAGAGGUAAUUAAAAAAAUAGAGGUAAUCAUAAUACCGACUAGUAUAAGCCCAAAGUAUAGGAGAGGUAUUAGGACCAUUGAAGGAUGGAUCACUUCCCAGUUUUGGAAAGGAAUCAGAAAAACAUUUGUGGAAAAGUUGGUAUAUGAACUGGAGUUCAGAGGAUGUAGAAAUCAGAGAUAGAGAUGAUUUUUCAAAAAUAAUUAUAAAUCAUAAAGGUUGAUGCCAAAAAAGCGUGGACCUAUGUAUAGGGAAUAGCAAAUAAUCUAAUUUAUCUGAAGCACAGUAAAUAUCUUGGUGAAUGGCAUAAAAUCAGGCUAAAAAAGUUGUGUGGCUUAACACCUUGAAAAAACAAUCUGAGACAACUUCAAACAUAGCAAAGGUUUUGAGCAAAAUUGUGGCAAGAUUCCUGAGGCAGCUAUGAAUGAAUGAAAGAAAAAGCAUUUAAGGCUUACUACUUGCCAAGCAGGUAAGGGCAUGGGCCUUAGCACUGCUGGAUACAGAUACAAAAACAAGACAAGUUUCUACUCUCAAAGCUUCCAUUCUAAGAGAGGAAAAUAACAUAUACAGGGAAGUUAAUGGCAAGAAAGGGGUGAUUUGGUUUGGGAAAGUAGAGAUGGUAACUAUAGUUAAAGGGCUAUUUGUUUGACAAUUCUUUCCAGAAAUGACAGUACUGGUUUGAUUACUAUUCUCAGAACUAUGGGGAGAAGAGAGCAGGAAUAUAUGAGUUUGUUUAGCAAGUUGGGAGCCAUGGUGUGAGACUGGGGCAAACUAUUUAUGACAAACUCUAUCCAAUCAGAAGCCCAAGGCCCCAGGGCUAGAACUAGAUAGAGUUGUACCUACUCUAAGGUCAGGAGUUAGGGAAGGAAGAAAAAUGGCAAAAAGCUAUGUACAAAACAAAUUGGAAAAGAAAGAGAAUGGGAGCCAUGGAGAUCAGUUAGGCUGAUAUUGCCAUGAUCCAAGUGGUAAUGAGAGAUUGUACUAAGUCAGUGGCAAUGAGAAUAGAAACUCAUGUUAGCUAUUUUGGAUAUAGAUAGGAUCUGGUAACUGGCUCAUUAUUAAGAGCUAAGAGAUGGACAUUUGAAAUAUAACUGAGACCAAUGACAAUGUAUCAAAAGCAUGAGUCCCAGGCUACAGAAUCUGGGAGGGGGGCAGGGAAGACUUAUUCAGAGAGAGGGGCUUCUGUUCUGCCCUGAUGUAGAAGUGAAUUUCAAGGAAGGGCAGUGGGAUUUGAGAGGGUAGGGAAAAAAAAAGAAGACAGCAUGUCACUGAUCUCCCUUAUUAGAAUCUAGCUAAAAAUAAAUCUCUUGAGUUAUGGAAUACAUUGAUGAAGUCAGAAAGUAAGUCUGGGUUGGGGCCAGGCAAAACAAACUAUUUGUGACACUUUGGGCAACACUGUAAAAUGGUAUGUUCUCAAUCUUUCAUGGCUUUGUCAGAAAAACAAAUAUUUCAUGCCAUAAAGUGAAAUUUGCUGCCAUAAAGAAAA